AUGAAGGAUUCAGAGUCUUUUUCUCCUUUACCCUCCGCCCCCCCUCAACCUUCAUCUCGAAGUUCAUCCCCAGUCCCUCAAGCCGCUGUUGCUGCUACCACCACUACUACUAUCCCAAGCAUAUCGGCCCCGGUACCUCCAUCCCCAUCUACAACCCCUCCACCGCAAAAUAUGACAAUAGCCCAAGGGCGACAGCCGUUUGAGCAGUCGUCCCUGAAGCUUCGUCCUGGUGUACACAACCAAAGCGCAUCUGCUCCGUCUGGUCAACUCCCAAUACUCGCAUCAGGCGAUUCAUAUAUUUCACACGUUCCUACAUCAUGUGUCAGUACUUCAGCAUCACUUGCCGAAUUAGCGCACCUAGUCAAGCUACAAGCGUACCAAGAACACAAAUAUCUACAAAGCCGAGUUCGCCUUCACAAAUCUUUGAUAUCAAGCGCAGUUUCUGCGCGGUUGACUAGAUCUGGAGAACUUUGCCACAAGGCUUUGGUGGAUUACUUCAAAUCCGACCAGAAAUCCGACUUCGCCACUUUGUACAAUGCCCUUCACGAUGUUAGAAACUCUUGUGAGGCGACACGCCGAUUUGCUAUGUUAGAGCCGGAAUUGGAUUCCUCGAGAGGCCUGUAUUCCUCCGAUGAUCGCGAAGCGCCUAGAGGAUUGUCUUCGUUUCUUCAUGAAAUCCCCGCCCAAGCCAGAGAUACAAUUCUCUCGUUCAUUUCCAUGAUCAGAUCUGACCCAUCGUUCCUAGCCAGCCGCAUUGGCCGCCUGUCAAAUACUGAACUUGAAGCGUUAGUGAAAUACCACAAUCAAUCAAAUCUCCCAGAAUCAAUCCUCCCACAACAAACGUCCAGACGUGGUGGAUCCGCCCCCAGAAAUCCUCCUCCCAUGCCCAAAUCGUCUGAAAUUAGCCCUGUCGAAAAGUUACUCUCUUUUCACCGCAAUGAUCCUCUAUACACCCUUGUGCACACUGUAUUCGCAAACUCUUCCGGUCCAGAUUCGGCAGAAGACAAGCGCAGAACUGAUGUCUGGUCCACCACUUGCGCCAGAAUGAUUUGUGAGAAUAAGGGAGAGCCUUUCCUAUUGGUCGUCAUGGACUCGUGGGCUGCGAUGCGAGAAUGGCCCGCUAAGCAGAACCUUGAACUUACCGUGAUGGGUCUUUUGCAGGAGGGUGCAUUUUUGGUUGAGCGAGGUGAUGAGACGAACGCAGGAAAUUCAGCAUCAGAGCUUCGAGGGAAGCACGACCUUUUGGCAGAGGAAUUUUAUAUCAAAGCGGAAAAGAAGCUUUUUGAGGUUCUGGAUGAUGAGCCUGGCGCUGGUGGUAUACCGGAGGGUAUUUUGGAGCUAGGGCAUGCAAUUCUCGAGAAGAUCGAUGACCCGAAGAAGAAGCGUCACGCAGAGAUCAUGAUUAUUGUCAAAUGGUUUUUCAACCGGUUCUUGAUGAAUGGGGUUUCAUAUCCUGAGUAUCACGGAAUUAUGACUGGACACCAUAUCAGCGAGCACGCCAGGCUAAAGAUCUUGCGCCCAGUUCUCAAGAAGAUGUACGCACAUGCAGUUAGCGUAAUCUUGGGUGAAUGGAAAACAAGCUCACCUGUGGAGCCAGUAAUACGAGGACACAUCGAGGGUAUACAACGGAGGUUUCAUUGUCCGCGACCAGCAGACUCCACUCCAGUACUCCUCCCAUCAAGAGCUGUGACUUCACCUCGAGAGACAACCGAGGUCCAGCCUUUUAUUGUGUUGUGUCCGGCCGACAUUGUCACCAUGUACCAAGCCCUGUAUCCCCAAGGAUCAUGCCAAGUUGUUGAGGGUAGAGAUAUUCGAGGAGGUCCAAUGAGUAGCCGGUCAUCAUCUCGUCCGCUCUUUGGCAGAUCACCCAAUGCUGGCUUUGAGAUCGGUUCAGGAUCUGUGCUCAGCAGCAGCUCCUCGGUAACAAGCGAAUCAGCCUCUAUCACCUCACCACUUCUUGAUCAAUCAAGUGUGCCAGAUGAUAGACGUUCCUUCAUGUCCAUGCCAUCGCCUGGAUCGUUCAACAUGAACGCUCAGUCAAUACAUUCCAAUUCCGAUCAGACUUCUCCGGAGAAGUUUGGGAUGGAGGUAAGAUCGGCUGUAGAAGCAAUGAUGGGUCGUCUGGGACCUGAUACUGUAUCCGGCCGAUGCCACCCCUGCGCAGAGAAGUGGGCGGUUGUCUUCGUCUCUCCCGAUGGUCAGGAACUAAGCAUUAAGCAACUCAAGCACAAGAAUGAGGAUGACGAUGAAGAUGAUGACUGUGGCCAUGAUAGUGACAGCGAAGACGAAGGGCCGGUAGAAAUUUCAAAUAUGGACAGGGUGUAUCACCAACUAAAGGAUGCUGUCAUGAAAUUGGUAGGGGAAUACGAGAUUCCGGAAGAGCCACUCAUCGAGAAGUCAAGAAAGAAAUUCAGCAACAGACCUUCAGCCGCGAAAGCUAACAGUGCUCCCAACGUCCCUACCAUCAACCCCCCAGAGUCUACACUUGACCCAAGCAACCCUUUCCACCCACAGAGCAACUUGACUGCUAUGAUUACUGCAGGGCAAUCAAAAGCGCCGGCUCCCGACCGAUCACGAGGUGCAUCUACGAAGAAUGGCCUAGAAAAACCAAAGCAACGGGUGCAGGAGCCUUCUGUGCUGUUAAUCAUGCUUCAAGCCGCAUCCUCGCAAUGUUUAGCACGGGGCGACUAUGUUUCCUCCCAGCAAUAUCACCGGGCACUUUUGCAGGCGCGCAAACUUCCACCAUCACUUCAGCGGGAAGAGUUUGGCGCCCUUCUUCAUAUAUUCUCCCGUGGAUCACGAGACGUCAUUGAGCGUUCAGCAUCCGGGAUCGAAGAAUGCGAGGCUUGGUUCGUUUGGCUAGCGCUUGCGCAAGAGCGUCACGAUACUGCAAUUGAGACAAUGAUCCACAAGGUCAAAGAUCUUAGAGACAAAAUGUGGUAUGUUACAGAUGUUCGCAACUCGGCAGCAUAUGACGAAGCUAGGAAUGUUGCUCUGGCUUUGAAGAAGAUGGGAAUGCCUCAGCGACCGAAAGUUGUUACUCAGAACAAGCGCUCAAACUUGAGUCAUCGUAUGUCAACUAGUAGCUUUGCUUUGUUGAAGUCUGACACUUUGAUCGACAUUUUGGCCGCAACAACAGAACAUGGGGGCCCAAAUAAGCUGAGCGAUGAACAGGCGAGUAUGACCUUCGAGUAUCUCAGCAGAUAUUCCGUUGAGAAUUUCUGUAAGGGUGAGGAGAGGAUUCAUAGGUUCUGUCUGGAGAUUGAUAAAUGUGUCACGAAGCUUGUUGGUGAUGGGAUACUUGAUGGGCCAGUUUUGUGGUCCAGCGAGCUCUUCUCCCGUGACGACCGCGAGAUGGCAAUUAACAGGCAGAAAGGCGAUCUCUAUCUUGCCGGCGUGGGCACAUUGAGUGUGACUGGCGACGACGAUGACUACUAUCAAGAGACGGAUGGACGAAGCAGUAGCAAGCGUGGUCUUGAUAUGCUCAGAAGGCCUAGCACUAGCGAUCUUUUCGGACGGAACAGGGCUAGCAGUAUUGCUGGUUCUUUCCAUGAUGGACCGCCAAGCCGCAAAGGAAGAGCUAAGUCAAAUGCAGGAUUGAUGGAUUCUAAAGAGGAUUUCUUGGGUAUGCCUAGCCCGGGAUUGCCCUCGGAAUCUCACAAUACCUUCUGGUCUCCGUUCUCUUCUCAUAAUUCUGCAAGCGCUUCUGGAUCUGGUAGACCAAAGACCGCGCACUCACCCACGACACUAUCGAGGUCCCCCGAAGCUAUUAAUCGUGAAAAGAGGAAGUUCUUGGCAGAGCUAAAGCAGUCUUUGACAGGUUUACUACUAAGUGAUCUCGGACUUGAAGUGUUCAGUCAAGGGAGUGAGACAGAUGCUUGGUUUUCUGGUGGACUGGGUGACGAGUGCAUCCAGAGGAAAGAAGAACAAGAGGAAAGCAAGAGGAAAGCGAUGGAGAAGAGCUCAAAGAUCUCUGCCGCCCCUGGGGGUAAAAAGGGUUUGGGAAGGAAGAAGAGCAUGAAGAAUGUCCGCAAGACUUCCAAUCAUGGCACUUUUGAGGCACUUGGCAAGGACAAAAAGGGUGAACUGGCUGCCCCGGUUGCCACACUUGAGAACGUGGGCCGUGAAGCACACUCGGGCGAGGAGAACUCAUCUUCUAGCGAUGCUACUGCGCGUCCUUUCCCCUUUACUGCGACAAAGAAGGGUGGCCUAUUGGCAUUCCCAUUCCUUCAUGCAUUCAAGAAGCUACUUACAAGAUUUUCCACUCACCCCAAUCCGUUCCAGAAACUUCAGGCUAUCUAUGAACUUGAGCUAUUGAUUGUUGCAAUGCUAUCUUCCCGCUCUCCGGCUUCUCUUCAGGGUAGAAAAGCGAUCCCCUCGAUGCCGACCUCGCCAUUUCUUGAUGCUAUGGGAGAUGCCGCAAACCGUAUCUGUAGUUUGCAACUUGCACAGCCCAGCAACAUUGAGGAGGCGAUGGCCAACCUUGAGGAGCGUAGAUCCAACUUCACCAAUGGAGCUGUCACCUCUCCUUUUAUGCCGCCUAGUGGCGCUCGUUCUCCUGCCCCGCAUUCUGCUGCGCCGAGCGCAGACAUGAUUGUAGAUGUCUUGCAGACUCUCUUCAGACAAGCGGAGAUCCGACCGAAGACCUUGUUCCGUGAUCUGCAGUAUGUUGCAGCAUUCGUUCCAGCCUCGAUUCUCGAUAGAACUGAGGUCGGCAAGGCAUUCUGGGACACCGGCUUGGCAGCCUUGGGUCUAAAGCAAGACGUUUGCAGGACCAUGGUGGAAAUCGCGGAUGAGAUCGUUGCAAAGGACUCGCAUAAGCGUGGAUCUGAAUCAAGCAAAGAGAAAGGUGGAGAUUACAGCCGCUACUCCAUGCAAGAUGCCGCCACAAUGUGGAACAUCACUGCAAAGGAAGGCGAUCCUACUGCUCAACGCGAAUUGGCAAUCUUCUACUUGACAAAUCCCACUCUUCUGCCGCGGUCAACGAAGCCGUUGUCUAAGCCUAAGGAUACAUUCAGGCCAGAGAUGAUGGUGCAGAAGGGAGAGGACCCAGACAAACGUGAUCCGGCCACCAUGUGUGUUGCGUACCACUGGAUGGAGUUGUCUGCUCAAGGGGGCGAUGAGGUUGCUAGGAAGUAUCUCCGCUCACAGCGAGAGGAGUGGUAG